GUUUCACCUGUCGAUCCUGACUUCGGUCAAGCACAAGACAACACUUUCCAACAUAGUUCCUCCAUCGGAUUAUCACUCGGAUCAGAUCACUAGCUGGUCCAGAGCAGCCAUCAUAUUCGAUGGUGAUGCGCUUUUCCCUUGCUCGAGGCUUUCAAAUGAUGAAGGGUGCACAUAUGUUUUUCCUGUUUUCAACCACCGAUAUUCUGCUCGCAUGUCAUGCAGAACUAGUUCUAUCGAUUGUUGCGGGUAUCGGACUUUGUUCGAAGGAACGAUCAUCUCCCUUCGUCUAUAGGGCUGCAAGGCGUGACAUCAUUGACGAUCUCUUCUUCCAAUUCUUUGGGCUUAGCUACUUUGUCGGUCUUCAAAGCUCCACCGCAGUUGGCUCGCGGGUCAGCUCUGCUCUGCCCAUCCUACACAGCUGAGAUGAUCUGUAUGAAUCAAUUCAAUUUGAC